AUGAGAAGCUUGAUACAGACUAUAUUCCCGAUAUGGCAAACUCCAAGGACUAAUAGGGAGCUCAAACAGCUUACUGACGAUUAUAACCGCCUAGCAUUCUCGCUGCGGCACACUCGCAGUGAGCUGCAACAAGCGAACAGUCAACUGGAGCAGGCUCAUAGCGAACUACACCGAGCCAAUAACGAGGUGCGCCAACUCAAUGACUCGGUACAUGACUGUCAAAAGGAGCUGAAAGCUUGUCGAUCUGAAAUCUCAAAGUUGCAAAACAAAGAACGGAGCAUGCGAGAUUUUCUUAUCGAAAACAGUCAUAACCAGAUUGUUAGUGAUAGAGACGUAUGCGAGAGAUUUACGCAACUCCGUCAGCGCAUACAGAGACUUGCUUCCAAUAAAGCAUAUGACAUAGAAGAGUUCCAUGACUUGACACUGGACGGAAAAUGGUUUCAGGGCAGAUAUAUUGAGACUCUAUGGAAUCUAUCACCAAAGUCAGGCCGACUGGCUAUUUUGAGGAGCCUUUUGUUCCAGUUUCUGCAUAAUAAUAUUCUCAACCUACUGCAUUUCGAUAUCAACGACAAAAAAACGAGCCCAUAUUUAGCAGAACUUGGCAGCCCUUUUCCAAACUUAAGCCAACCUUUAAGCUUCUUUGAGCGCAUUCUUGGCGAUUGUGCUGUGAAUCGCGAUAUAUUGAUCAACUGGAGAUUAUCUACAUUCAAAUGCAUCGACGCCGCGGGGCUGGGCGGGAGUGACUCUGGCGUCGCCUUUGGAGAUUUGAUGUUCAAUUACUUUCAAGAAUUCACCUCUCAGAAUGCGACGCCACAGCAAAUUUCGAAACUGAGAAAUGGCUAUCGAGAACUUUGUAAAGAGGCAUGGGCUCUCCAACUCCUAAUGCGCAACUCAUUAGAGCCUUUUGAAUGUUUCGUUUCUCCAGGAUGUCGGCUCAGGGGGCUAGAAGAUCGGUAUGAAGCAAUCGGAGAAAUAUCUCACGUUCCGGGUACGACAGGAGACUUUGUGUUUCCCAUUUUUGGAGCUCUUAUUAAACACAACAAGGUUAAUGGGGAGAGUGUCACAGUAUUAGAGAAAGCUCAGUGUAUCAUGGCAGUGCCCUCUGCAUGA